AGACAGAACUGAUGAAGCCAUUUAGGGCGGAGUGGGGCUGCAUUUCCAGUGGAUGAAUCACACUUGUGGGUGUGUGUGUGUGCGUGUGUGCGGUUUUCUGCCACUGUGUGUGAGUGUGAGUGUGUGUGUGUGUGUCAGACAGAGUGGGUCUGCUCCUUAAGAGGAGGCUUUUACCUCAGUCUGACAACAGUCUCACCUGGGACAGCUGCUGCCACAGACGUGAUCCCUUUUCGCCUGGAGAACUUAAACUCGAAGCACCAGCCAUGGCUCGUCUGGACCAGGUCAUUACAACCAUGGUGGAUAUAUUCCUGGAGUAUGCUGAUGACGGAGAAGGCAAGAAACCCAAGUUAAACAAAGAGGAGUUGAAGAGGGUGUUGGAGCAAGAAAUACAAAGUCCUGAGUUAAAAGAAAAGAUAAAUGCUGACGACAUAGAGGAGGUCAUGGAGAUGCUGGAUAAAAACCAUGACGGUGAGGUCAACUUCAAGGAGUUUUGUCGGUGUGUUAGCGACCUGGCCAAAUGCUACUACAGUAAGAAGACAGGCAAGGGCUGCAAGAAAGGCAAGGGCAAAAACCAAGAGGCUGAACAGGAGGACUAACUACAAACACUAAAUUAUUUCUAACACAUUUAAAAACGUUUAUAGAAUACAUACAAAAUGCAUACUGUAUGUUAUAUUUAUCACUGCAGACCUUGAAAUCAGAUGAUACUGGUGUUGGAGUGACGUGGUUUGAACGUGCAUGCAAAAUGUGAUAUUCGUCGUCUUCAUAUCUCUGUAAACUGGUUGUUGAAGAACCUUCCAUUUCAAACUUUCUGACAUUAAAAUAACGAUUAUGAACCUCUGAAA